GUCAUUCAUCAUUCAUCGUUAUUCUGUUCAGUCAGUCGCCAUAAAAAAUAGCCCAAGUUACUCGUUUUGAAAUAGUAUCCCAGCGGAAAUACUGAUUAUAAAGCUUUCAAUUAUUCUACUUUGCAGAAAUAACUACAAAAUGCCAGUUAAAGCAGUCUGUGUGCUCAACGGCGAUGUCUCCGGGACGGUGUUCUUCGAUCAAAAGGAUGAGAAGUCACCAGUAGUGCUCUCGGGUGACGUGAAGGGGCUCACCAAGGGCAAGCAUGGUUUCCACGUGCACGAGUUCGGUGACAACACCAACGGCUGCACGUCCGCCGGCGCGCACUUCAACCCGGACAAGCAGGAGCACGGCGCGCCGGACGCCGCCAUCCGGCACGUCGGGGACCUCGGCAACAUCGAGGCUACCGCUGAGAAGGGAGUCACUAAGGUGUGCAUCCAAGACUCGGCGAUCUCGCUGCUGGGCCGCAACAGCAUCAUCGGGCGCACGCUGGUGGUGCACGCGGACGUGGACGACCUGGGGCUGGGCGGGCACGACCUCAGCAAGACCACGGGCAACGCCGGCGCGCGCAUCGCCUGCGGCGUCAUCGGACUCGCCAAGUCCGACUAGAUGCCACGUUUCGUGCAUAACCUCUAAAUGUUAGGGUAACACUCGUAAACGGACGUUUUGCGACAAAACGAGCAUUUAUACAAAACGACAACCUCAAAAUGUUACCUCACAGUAAGCACUAUUUCCUAAAAGAAAAUUGUUUGAUAUUGCCCAGAUAUAAAGUUUUAAGACUUGGCAAGUCCGACUUGAUAACUUGUUUAAUAUGUCACAAAAUAAUCGGUUUUAACGGCUAACCUAUUAUGGUAACCUUGCAUUUAAAGGAAUUGUGUAGUCAUAAUUGCUUGAGCGAUUAAAUAUCUCAGCUCAUGAGACAGAAAGUCAAGUUAUCGUAUAUUUAAUAAGCAAGUAUAUUUGUGACUAGAAUGAUGCAAUAUUCAAAUUUCAUUUUGUGCUUAUUUUUACCAUAAGAGAAUUGAGGUUUACUAGUGCACCUAAUGAUCUAAUCAUUAGAUUCUAAUGAGUAAUGAACAACUGAACACAUGUACAAUAUAAGUGAUCUUUGCCUAUGAAUAUGAUGUUGGUUAUAUGCCAAUGGCUUUGAAUAUGAGCCAUCUGAAAAAAAUUGUUAUAAAAUUAUCUAUCACUAUGGCAUUUGAUUUUGUUUUUUUUUAUUUUUAUUGGUGCAGGGAACAUCGGAUCUGCAUUUUGUUUCAAUAAAUAAAAUUAAAACUUU